AUGGCGACUCCACAGUUUGUGUGCGCAAACUGGAGCGCCGACAACACUGGCUGCAAGAAAUUCGGCAAAUAUACUUGCAACGUAUGCCAUCUCGUGGUGUAUUGCGGUUCGGAUUGCCAAAAGUCUCACUGGGCCCUUCACAAAAUCGACUGCAAGUCGCCCCUGGGCAAUGAAGCCUGGCGUCCUGGCUGGGUUCUGGAACGGAGAGACCCGAAAUUCAUGGUAAAAUUGGGAAGCAUAUAUCCCUCGUUUGCCGAAGAAAAACGUCUUUGGGGAAAUAUUCCCGCCAUCGAUGGGCUUCAGCUUGAGUCAAACGAAGGUGUUGGUCACGGAAAGCAAUUGAACCUCUUGUUUGCUGCUUCCGGAGAUCUUCGAAAUGUUGUCAAGACCAUUGCUCAGGUUCCUGAUGGCUAUACCAAGCCCAUUGAAGUUACUAUCAACGAUAACGAUCUUGAUGUGGUGGCACGCAACGCCAUUAUACUUCUCAUUGCCCUCGUGUCUGAUAACGCCGACGAGGCCGUUGACUGCAUAAUCCACGUCUGGUACUCGGCUCUUAUCCGCAAGUCCGAUCUUGACAUGCUUCAGCAAAAGACAUGGAGAUUCGAAAAGGGCUCGCUGAGGCUUGUGCUACCAAAAUCAUUCUGGGAUCGCCUCUUGGCCUACGUGAGUAUUCCAGAAGGCCUAACGGCAGACCAAGCGAGCUGUAUCCGCACGGCCGUGACCCUUGCCAGAUCCAAGAGGGACUAUCUGGAUCUACAUCUGAUUUUUCAGUCUCCUUCUCGCCGAGUUGCGAAGCAGCGGUCCCGGCAAGAUGGACUCCUUUUGCCAUUCGGAGCUCCGCGCCAUGAGUUCCAAGAGCCAAACCCGACAUUAUUCCACGUUCGUAAUGUCUGGCCGAUGGCUAGCUCUGCUGAUCCACUCCAAGGAUGGUCUCUGAAGGACGUCGAAGACAGCUCGAGUGGGCCUGCGUCUGCUGACAUUUACGGCAAGCUUUACAAUCACAUUCACACAGUACUCCGAGCUUUUCUGAGCCGUAUUACGGAUUCGCAAGUAUCAUUUCGACUCUUCUGUGACACGACUCUCGUGCUUACUAGUUUCCUUGAAAGCGGGUAUUUUGAUCGAAUAGAGGUCUCCAACAUGUCAGACAACUGCUUUAAUGGAAUCCACCAAACACUUUUCCUGAUUGGGUUUUUGCUCCAACCCCCCCUCGCCAAUCCGCAUGCGACCCUCAUCACUCUGUUCAGGAACGCAAUUCCAGAGACCUUGAGCAGGCAGGACGUAACGGCGGCUUUAUUUACAGACCACCCAGAGACAAGACUCAUGCGUGCAUCCAUCGCGCACAGAGCAAUAGCAAACGGCUAUGAGUACUUGCCUGACCACCACAUGAGUGAUCCCAAAGUAAUCCAGUGGGUAUAUGCUCAGGCAAAUCUCUCAAACUAUGAUGCCGUUUUCGAACGGUUCAUGAUGGAAGUCGGGUUCUCAGAGCUAAAAGAAUUAUUUAGGGUGGUUAUGAAGGAAAAGCACACUGUCAUCGAGAAGUGGCCUUUCAGAUCCAAACUCCGACAUGGCCAGCCCGGAGCCAUGGAGGAGUUUGUUCGACUCAAUAACGAAGUCGUGUUUGCAAAGGAUCGUUACGUGGAGUGGCGCAGAUGUUAA